AUGAUGAAGCCUACAUACUCUCAUUUUUCUGGGUAUCAUGUGUGCUUCAUCUUCCUGCAAGUGAUAUUAACUUCAGAGAAUCUAAUGGUGACUACUCUCACUGGACGUGUGGUGGCUAGAGUAGGAGGCCAGGCUGAACUCAGCUGCCAGGUGACUCCACCACGCAGUGUGGAGUAUAUGGAAGUGCGCUGGUUCAGGGAAGACAAAUCUAAACUUAUUUAUCGGUACAGAGGUGGCCAUGGGGUGAAUGGAGAAGCUGCCCUUGAAUAUGUGAAGCGUACAGAAUUUGUAAAAGAGGACAUUGAAAAUGGCAAAGUGGCCCUCCGAAUUCAUAAUAUCAGCAUUUUGGAUGAUGGGCCUUACCAAUGUUCAUUUAAUGAUAGUGACUUUAGUGAUACGGCCUUCAUGAAACUCAGCGUAGCUGCAUUUGGAUUGAAGAUGGAAAUCAAUGUUCAGAGUUUUGGAUAUGAUGGAUUCAUUGUGGAGUGUUCUUCAGUAGGGUGGUUCCCCCAGCCCCAAAUGGAGUGGAAAGACAGUAAUGGGAAUGUAGUUCCAUAUUCUUCAUUAUCAUACUCUCAGAAUGAAGACAGAUUUUUCUACAUGAAAAUUACUCUUCUCUUUAGAAACCAGUCACAGGAAGGUAUCACAUGCUGUGUUCUUAACCCUUUAACAGGUGAAGGGAAGCAAACCAGUCUCAUCAUAGCAAGUAAGUACUCAGUCAUGAGGAUUAAUUGCCAGUGUGGAAACACAAAGAAUAAAUUAAUGAAUUAA